CUAUAUAUAUGUAUAUAUAUCCACGCUUCAACGCCGCCAGCAAACUUCAAUCAGAGCUCCCUCUUUCUCGCUCUCCCUCUCACCCCCAGCAGGAAGGAUGCUGCGGUUUGCUCGUCGGCUUCUGAGCAACAUGCCGGAGAGCACAGUCUACGGUGGCCCGAAGCCGCAGACGGAGGGUCGACGCGUGACUUUGAACCAACUCCGGCUGAAACACCGCCGCGGCGAAGCCAUAACCGUCGUCACCGCUUACGAUUAUCCCUCCGCCGUUCACAUCGAUCUCGCGGGCAUAGAUGUUUGCCUCGUCGGAGAUUCCGCGUCCAUGGUUGUUCACGGUCACGAUACAACCCUCCCGAUCUCUCUCGACGAGAUGCUAGUCCACUGCCGCGCCGUUGCGCGCGGCGCAUCUCGCCCUCUCCUAGUUGGCGACCUACCCUUCGGAUCCUACGAGUCCUCAUCCUCCCAGGCGGUUAAUACGGCGGUUAGGGUUUUGAAAGAAGGGGGGAUGGACGCGAUCAAGCUCGAAGGAGGUGCGCCGUCGAGGAUAUCGGCUGCUAAGGCCAUUGUGGAGGCGGGAAUCGCGGUUAUGGGUCAUGUUGGGUUAACUCCUCAAGCGAUUAGCGUUCUGGGUGGAUUCAGGCCACAGGGGAAGACCGUUUGCAGUGCCGUAAAGGUAGUGGAAACUGCGCUUGCGUUGCAGGAAGUUGGGUGCUUCUCGGUUGUGCUGGAGUGUGUACCGGGGCCUGUGGCUGCUGCUACAACUUCUGCAUUACAAAUCCCAACCAUUGGCAUUGGAGCAGGACCGUAUUGCAGUGGACAGGUGCUGGUUUACCAUGACUUGUUGGGAAUGCUGCAACACCCUCACCAUGCAAAGGUCACCCCAAAAUUUUGCAAGCAAUAUGGUCGCGUAGGUGAUAUGAUCAAUAAAUCGCUCUCAGAUUUCAAACAAGAAGUUGAGAAUAGAAUAUUUCCUGGUCCUUCCCAUACUCCAUACAAAAUAGGCGAAGAUGAUGUUGAUGGCUUUCUUAAGGAACUGGAGAAAUUGGGCUUAAAAGAGGCAGCUGCUGCAGCAGCCUCAGCUGUCGAGAACUUGGAGAAAAUUGGGAGGUCAUCAAUGGAGACUCCAGCUCGCUGAGUUGCUUACUUAGCAAACAGGUUUCCUUGCCCUUCUUCCAUAUUUCCCUCUUUUAAUUUCAUUACAAAAUAACUGCUUUGAGAAGUCUUCAAGAUUCUAGUAGGAAGAAUUCAUAUUUAUUGCUUCUAAUAAUAGCAAAAUUACUGACUUCUAAAUGAAGUGAAUGACUGGAGGCAUCUAAUAACAAGAGAGGUUAUUACGUGCGGAGUCUGGACGUGUUUAGAGGUCAAUUUGGAUGCGCCACGUCAUCCAAUACACUGUGUAUUAGGUGAGAUGGCGCGUCCGAAUUGACCUCUGGAUACAUUUGAAUACCGCAUGUAAUAAUUUUUCUAUUAACAGACACUG